GCUCCGUGCUGACCGGAAGGGAACGCUGCAGCAACGGACUGGCAAUUUGGUUCCGCGCUGAUGGUGGUAUGGGCGGUGCACUGGCCGGUUAGCGUUUAGCGAGGCCGUCAUGGAGCCGGGGGGUAGGCGACUGCCCAUCCUCUUCCCGACUGGGGACGGCCGCUUCCCGGGCCCACAGACGGCCGUGUUCGGGCAGGCGAGCGAGGGGCCUCCUGCCGCCUUUGGGCAUCCAGUCAUCGGGGCGACGGGCUCAGCUCUCCCUGCCGGGCCCAGUCAUUCGUUCAGCUUCAAGCCUCUCAACCCGUUUCCCGUUUCCACAAGCUUUGGUACAUCAGCGGGGGUGAAUUUUGGGCAGCCCGAGCCGAACUUCAGUUCGCUCGGCCACACCGACCUACAGCGGGUCCGUCCUCCCGGGCCGGACGCAGACAGAGCGCCCGGUAAACAGAUGCCCUUUCACUUCUCGCAGCCCCCGAGCACUGGGGGAGAAGGGGGUGUCUUUGGUUCACAAAAGAACAAGGCUGGCCCCUCUGCACCUAUCUUCAGUAUCUCACAAGCCACAAGCAGCUCUUCUUCCAGCUUCUUCGGGUUACCUCGGCCGAAAGCUACUACUAGUUUACCAGAUACCUUAUGCUUUUCUCAACCGACAGGUAUGGACAGUUCUGCCGAAAGCUUUCGCUUUGUCCAACCGGCUCCCAACAGCAACAGGUCUUCGGCCCCAUUCACUUUCUCACAACCAAGUGCAGCUAGCUCAGUGGAUGCGUUGGCGUUAAACAAAACUUUGGGGAGCGAAGAAAUGACUGGUCAGAAAUCAGCUUUUGUAGGGAGUGACGCCAGCCCUUUGGCAUAUGAUGGAAAACACGGUGCAACGGAAACCGGUGGAACUCCAGGUAGGACAAAGCACGAAGUGGAGGAACAACAGUUAAUUCCCAAGAAGGGAGUAAAAAGAAAAGACAAGCGAGACAAGUCACCACAUGAAUUUGAACACAGUCCUGCUAAAGAACAAGCAGCAGGGACAAUAAGCAGGCUGCCCUUGGGGAAGCGGCCGGUAAAAGUUGCACCAUCAAUGGGAGUCUUUCGUCGCACCAUUCUCGAUGUGCUGAAAGGUAAGAGGGAGACGAAAAGAGACAGCGCUCGCCUUGAAGAUGAAACAAUUGAAAGAAUAAAGCGAUUGUCCGAAACGAGCAUUCCUUUGACGUGGCCUGGUCGUGUGAGAAAAGAAGAAACAAAAAAGAAAUUGAGAGAUGAUCUUUCCAGCAAGACUCCUUCUCGGCGACCUCGCCGUGGUGAUAGUACAGAGAGCCUUUCUGGAACUUCUCUAUCAGAGCUCACUGCCAUCCAGUGUAAAAACAUCCCAGCUGACCUGAACAAAAGAGGAAUCAUCAGGAAGCACUUCUCUCAGUUUGGCAAAGUGCAGAGGGUCUACUGCCAAACCAAUAAGAACCAGGCCGUGGUUCACUUUACCAAUAAUUUAUCAGCAUCCACUGCCAAAAAGAAAGGGAAGAUAUUAUGCAAGCGACGCAUUGAAAUAUUUUGGCAAAGGAAGAAAAACAGUCCUGGAAAGAAGUCCUCAUGGGAAGAAGGAGGGAAACCAAAAGGAGAUGAGAAGCCUAGCUCUGACAAACCCGAUGUGGAGCGUUCACCUUUACGCAAUCCUACUGUGAAAGCGAUGGCUGUUGCAAAUAUCUCAAAUAGGUCGCCAGUUAAGAGUGUACUUGCAAAGAGCCAGAAACUGGAGAGUGAACCUCAGCAUGUGCCAGAGAUGGAAGAUCAGGUGACAGUGCCUGAGCGUAUGGUGGCCCUACCUUCUUCUCUCAGUCAUCUGCUCGGCACAGUGGCCGUUAAUGCUGAAGAAAAAUUUCGGGUACUUGACCAGCGAGACAAAUUAAUGAGACAAGCCCGAGUGAAAAGAACUGAGCUGGAAAAAGCUAAAGCUGUGGUGGGGACCUGUAUGGACAUGUGCCCAGAGAAGGAGCGUUACAUGAGGGAGACAAGAUUCCAGCUCAGUCUUUUUGAGGUCAUACCUGGCACUGACAAGGUUAACCACGAAGCUGCAGUCAAGGAGUAUAGCAGGUCGUCAGCAGAUCAGGAAGAACCUUUACCUCAUGAACUUCGUCCCGCCGCUGUGUUGAAAUUAACAAUGGAUUAUUUAGUGACUCAGAUCAUGGAUGUGGGUGAAGGCAAUUACCGAGACUGGUAUGACUUUGUGUGGAACCGAACUCGUGGAGUGAGAAAGGAUAUUACACAACAGCACCUAUGUGAUAAGAUGACAGUGACACUAAUCGAGAAGUGCACACGAUUCCACAUCCACUGUAGUCAUCAUCUCUGCGAAGAGCCGAUGUCCUCCUAUGAUGCAAAGAUCAAUGAUGAAAACCUGACCAAGUGUUUGCAAAGUCUGAAAGAAAUGUACCAGGAUUUAUCCACCAAGGAAACCUACUGUGAGAAUGAGGCAGAAUUCCGGGGCUACCACGUUCUGCUUAAUCUCAAUGAGGGAGAUAUUCUCCGAGAAAUCCAGCAGUUCCGUCCGGUCAUCCGCAACUCUCCGGAGGUGAAGUUGGCAGUGCAGGCAUUUGCAGCCCUGAACAGCAACAACUAUGUGAGGUUUUUCAAACUGGUCAGGGCAGCUUCCUACCUGAAUGCCUGCAUACUGCAUCGCUACUUCAAGCAGGUUCGUCGUGAGGCUCUCAAGACUUUGAAUUUUGCUCUAACGGUGAGCUCUCAGCGCGCCACCGUGUUUCCGAUGGAUACCCUGGUUCGAAUGUUGCUGUUUAAAGACUAUGGCGAGGCGGCAGAAUUUGCCAGGGUCUAUGGGCUGAGUGUGAGUGAUGGAUGUGUUGAAUUGAAUCGUUCAACAUUGUGUGAGCCAGAUUUUGUACUGCUGCCCAAGAAGUCCUCAUUUAUUGAACAGAAACGCACCACUCUGAUUGGUGAAGUAGUGAAUGGAGGACCACUUCCACUCUUCUUAAGGCACGUCCCUGUCUUGAGUUUUGACAGUCAAGGGCGAUUCAUUGGAGAGAGCUUUGAGCCAAGUAAUAUGGGCCAGAAACCGACUCUACAAGAUGAUCAUGAAGCAGAAGUAAAGGUUGAACCUCAGCCUGAAACAACAUCCAUGACAAUGCUACUCGAGCAAACUCCAGCUCAAGAAGUACUCCCUGUUGAACAGCCUUCUCAGCCACCAAUACCCUCAUUACUUCAGAUUCUCACUUCUCCAUCACCUUCGCUACAUGUGGCCCCUCAGGCACUCAGUGCACCUCCACCAAAGCCGCAGCCAGCCUAUUCUGAGAAGAUGAUAGUUGAUGUUGUGAAAGAUGUGGUAAAAGAUAUGGUGAAGGAUGUCCUUCAUGUGGAGUGUAAAGAAGUGGCAAAAGCAGGAGCAACUUAUGCUGCUGAAGCCAUCAGCAUAUCAAAUGUGUCCACUGAGGAAUUAAUUGCCGAAGUUACCACGGAGAUAUUGAAGGAAACCUCAUCUGAAGAGAUUCAGGUUGAAAGACAGAGGAUUGAAGAUGAAAAGCAGAGAAUUGAACAGGCCAGACUGAAGCAGGAAUGGGAGAUGUGGAAGAGCAGCUAUAGUCGAGCACUAUGUGAUGAGCUUACAGAUCAAUUUGUGGAACAUGCUGCUAGAAAAUAUGCCUCUCGAGAGCUAAGCUUUGCAGUAGAAGAAGACAAGAGAGCCCGUAUUGACCGCUGUUCCACAGAGCUCUGUAACUGCCUCAUCGAAGAAACACUGGAGAGUGAGAUAUUCCAGGUUGUGAAGGAGACGCUCCAGCAAGUUCAUUGUUUCUGCAAGUACUUGAAGAAAUGGAGAGCUACAGCAGAGGCUCGGAAACGCUUGAGAAAACAAAUGUGGAUGUUCCCAGCAGCUCCAGGAAGUGUAGGCAUUGGCUGCAAACUGAGUCCCCAGAAGAGGAGCCCAGAACUACCACCAGAAGACAGCCUCAGCAUUUCCUGUACACGGUUGCUUCAGAGGAGGAAGGAGAUUGCUCAUCAAAUUAGAGUUCAGAAUUUCUAUCAACAGCUCCUCGGUCAGGCUGCCUGGAGUCCUCUGGAUUUGUUCACAUUGGUUGCUGAAAGCUUCCCAAUUCGUCAGAAAAGAAUCUUCUGGAAGGUGGUACUACUUUUGCCAAGUGAUGAAGAAUAUGGACCUGGUGAGACCAACAGAAUUUUGAUUGAUUGGCUGAAGGCCAAAUUCCGAGGAAAUGAAUGCGUGGAGGAUCUCAGCAGUGAUGCAGACAAUGUGAUUCAGACAUACCAAUGCAAAGCUGUUAGCAGGAAUGAAGGAAUCAGUGAGCUUGUGUACAUCUGUGUCAAGGUGGCCAGAGGCCCACUGAGUGACACAGACAUAGAUGCAGUGGAACAGCGCAAAGAACUUCUGGGGACAAGGGCCCUGAUUCUCUUGCUCCCAGCACGUGCGGAAGGCUCAGACCAGGAUGAAGAGGAAGUCCACUGGCUCUCUGCUAUGCUUCAAAUCAAGCAGCUGUUACAAGCAAAACCUUUAAAUCCCGCAAUACCACUGGUCGUUCUUGUUCCCGGAGAGGGGAGGCCAUUGAAUGAGGAAGAGGUGAUAGAUGGUCUAAACCUGGAAAAGCUGGUGGCCACUCAUCUUGUGUCUGAAUAUUUCAUUGUUCCGAUCCCUGAGCAAACCAAUGAUCUUCAAGGAUCAAACAAGGUGUCUGCAGCAGUAAGCUGGCUUGCCUCGCGUUGCCCAUCACCCCCAGAAGUCUGCUGCCGGACCCUGAUGCAGUUCAUCGAAGAUGGGCUGUGCCGAGAGUUCAGUGACCAAUUUUACAAUGAUAAAUCUGAAAGGCAAUCAGCUGCAUUGCCUUCACAGAACCCCAGCACCAUCAUUGAGCUUUACAAUGACGUGCUACAAUUCCUUUCAGAAGUGAUAACCUCUGAGCUGCUCUACAAUCUUUCCUGGCCAGUGGCGGAGUUCUGUGGACCCACAGCGGAUGAAAUAUUGGCUCACAAAGACUGGAAUUCGAAUAGCCACCUGGCCUGGCUGAAGAAUGCAGUGUUGUCUUUUCAGUUGCCGUUGAUGGAUCUACCUCCUUUGAAUGCUCCAUGGCCUAAGGUCUGUGAUAUGAUCUCCCAUUAUGUGUCUCAAGUGCCAUGGUCACAGCAAGCUUGUCCACUGCUCCUUUCCAAGGUUGAACAACUCCUGAACAGAGUACACGACAAGUGGAAAGAGAACAGUUUUCUUUCCAUGGAAGCCUUAGCCGAUGAGGGGCCUUCAGUAUCAGAAAUCCCCUGGGAUGAAAUUAUUGCCUAUUGCAUUGAUCACCGACUGACAGAGUGGAAGCCUCUGAUCCCACCCUGUGCUGCAGGAGCUGUGAGUGAAGAUGGCCAGAUCCUUGUCUAUUAUUUUCAGGAAGAUCUUAAAAAAUAUAAGCUUCCCAUAAUAUGGCAACAGGCACGUUCACAUACCCAAAUGGAAAUCCAAGAUGCCUCUAAAAGGUUGGUGCAAAAGCAGACUUGCUCUUCAGUUAAGCAGAAAUUGGACUUUAAACCUUACUCCAUGAAAGUCAGCUCUGAAGAAACCCGACUAGAAAGGAGUGUUUCUGCUCUGGACAUCACUCAUACCUACUCAGCAGAGGAACUUCUGCCAGAGCGAUUGCGGGCAGGAUUGGAAACAGAAAGAGAGGAAAAUCGAAGAUGUGAAGAACAACUCUACCGUUGGCUUGACGAAGGUCCCUUGGAGCCAAUCGCUCUCCCUUUGUACCUCCCACAGUCCUUGGCCUCUGCUGCUGAGCUCUUUGUUCCAGGGCUCCAAGCUUCAGCUUCGUCCCCACCACAGGAGGAUGCCAAUAACGAGCACAGUGAGGAAUCCAAGAUGAAUGACUCUAAUUGGCUAAACAACUCAACAAUGACUUUAUCAGACAAACUGAAAGAGUUUACAAGAUUGAUCCAGGCCAGUCGAGAGGAAGAAAUGACCUGUGAACGUCACCUAUCAAUAUUACUGGACUUAACUGACACAUGAUGAAAUUAGCAGAAGGAACCUAUACUUUCUGGAAUGAUGUAUAUGGUUACAGAUGGGUGGAGUAUAACUUGAGAUCAUUCCUUGACCAGCAGAAGACAUUUUAUUUUUGUCUCAACCUUUGAUAAUGUGCAUUUCUUAUUUGUCACAGCCAUCUGGAUUAGUGAUUAGUGGAACAUGACCUCAUAUUUAUUCAAGUCAAUCACCAUUGUUUCCCAGUUUUUUCUUGCUGCUUACAUUUGUUCUUAGUUACAGAAAACUUGCCUUGCCCCAGUGAACUGAUCUUUCUGUUGAUGUACUGAGAUCUGAUAAACAUUCAAUUUCUGGUAGAGGGUGUGAGCAGAGAUGACAAGAUGCAGGCCUCAAAUCAGUGUAAAUUUUCAGUGUAAAUUAGAGGAGAGUUGGAAAAAAAUCCACUCAAUAAUGUUGCAUUUUACCAAGCGAAGUAGUGCUUUUUGAGAAAUAAACAUUUUAAGCUAUUUGGCUUACUGGUUUUAAAGUA